UGAUGAUGAUGAUGAUGAUGAUGAUGAUGAUGAUGAUGAUGAUGAUGAUGAUGAUGAUGAUGAUGAUGAUGAUGAUGAUGAUGAUGAUGAUGAUGAUGAUGAUGAUGAUGAUGAUGAUGAUGAUGAUGAUGAUGAUGAUGAUGAUGAUGAUGAUGAUGAUGAUGAUGAUGAUGAUGAUGAUGAUGAUGAUGAUGAUGAUGAUGAUGAUGAUGAUGAUGAUGAUGAUGAUGAUGAUGAUGAUGAUGAUGAUGAUGAUGAUGAUGAUGAUGAUGAUGAUGAUGAUGAUGAUGAUGAUGAUGAUGAUGAUGAUGAUGAUGAUGAUGAUGAUGAUGAUGAUGAUGAUGAUGAUGAUGAUGAUGAUGAUGAUGAUGAUGAUGAUGAUGAUGAUGAUGAUGAUGAUGAUGAUGAUGAUGAUGAUGAUGAUGAUGAUGAUGAUGAUGAUGAUGAUGAUGAUGAUGAUGAUGAUGAUGAUGAUGAUGAUGAUGAUGAUGAUGAUGAUGAUGAUGAUGAUGAUGAUGAUGAUGAUGAUGAUGAUGAUGAUGAUGAUGAUGAUGAUGAUGAUGAUGAUGAUGAUGAUGAUGAUGAUGAUGAUGAUGAUGAUGAUGAUGAUGAUGAUGAUGAUGAUGAUGAUGAUGAUGAUGAUGAUGAUGAUGAUGAUGAUGAUGAUGAUGAUGAUGAUGAUGAUGAUGAUGAUGAUGAUGAUGAUGAUGAUGAUGAUGAUGAUGAUGAUGAUGAUGAUGAUGAUGAUGAUGAUGAUGAUGAUGAUGAUGAUGAUGAUGAUGAUGAUGCUGAUGAUGAUGAUGAUGAUGAUGAUGAUGAUGAUGAUGAUGAUGAUGAUGAUGAUGAUGAUGAUGAUGAUGAUGAUGAUGAUGAUGAUGAUGAUGAUGAUGAUGAUGAUGAUGAUGAUGAUGAUGAUGAUGAUGAUGAUGAUGAUGAUGAUGAUGAUGAUGAUGAUGAUGAUGAUGAUGAUGAUGAUGAUGAUGAUGAUGAUGAUGAUGAUGAUGAUGAUGAUGAUGAUGAUGAUGAUGAUGAUGAUGAUGAUGAUGAUGAUGAUGAUGAUGAUGAUGAUGAUGAUGAUGAUGAUGAUGAUGAUGAUGAUGAUGAUGAUGAUGAUGAUGAUGAUGAUGAUGAUGAUGAUGAUGAUGAUGAUGAUGAUGAUGAUGAUGAUGAUGAUGAUGAUGAUGAUGAUGAUGAUGAUGAUGAUGAUGAUGAUGAUGAUGAUGAUGAUGAUGAUGAUGAUGAUGAUGAUGAUGAUGAUGAUGAUGAUGAUGAUGAUGAUGAUGAUGAUGAUGAUGAUGAUGAUGAUGAUGAUGAUGAUGAUGAUGAUGAUGAUGAUGAUGAUGAUGAUGAUGAUGAUGAUGAUGAUGAUGAUGAUGAUGAUGAUGAUGAUGAUGAUGAUGAUGAUGAUGAUGAUGAUGAUGAUGAUGAUGAUGAUGAUGAUGAUGAUGAUGAUGAUGAUGAUGAUGAUGAUGAUGAUGAUGAUGAUGAUGAUGAUGAUGAUGAUGAUGAUGAUGAUGAUGAUGAUGAUGAUGAUGAUGAUGAUGAUGAUGAUGAUGAUGAUGAUGAUGAUGAUGAUGAUGAUGAUGAUGAUGAUGAUGAUGAUGAUGAUGAUGAUGAUGAUGAUGAUGAUGAUGAUGAUGAUGAUGAUGAUGAUGAUGAUGAUGAUGAUGAUGAUGAUGAUGAUGAUGAUGAUGAUGAUGAUGAUGAUGAUGAUGAUGAUGAUGAUGAUGAUGAUGAUGAUGAUGAUGAUGAUGAUGAUGAUGAUGAUGAUGAUGAUGAUGAUGAUGAUGAUGAUGAUGAUGAUGAUGAUGAUGAUGAUGAUGAUGAUGAUGAUGAUGAUGAUGAUGAUGAUGAUGAUGAUGAUGAUGAUGAUGAUGAUGAUGAUGAUGAUGAUGAUGAUGAUGAUGAUGAUGAUGAUGAUGAUGAUGAUGAUGAUGAUGAUGAUGAUGAUGAUGAUGAUGAUGAUGAUGAUGAUGAUGAUGAUGAUGAUGAUGAUGAUGAUGAUGAUGAUGAUGAUGAUGAUGAUGAUGAUGAUGAUGAUGAUGAUGAUGAUGAUGAUGAUGAUGAUGAUGAUGAUGAUGAUGAUGAUGAUGAUGAUGAUGAUGAUGUCAAUUAA